CUGUAAAAAAGCGAAAAAUCAAGACCCAGUCCCUCACCCGCCGACUAGACAGACAUGGACCGUGUCGCCACCCAACAUAGUAACAUAACCCAAACGGCCGUGAACCGCGCCUACAUGAUACAGUGUGGCAGGUGUCAGGCUGUUAUUGAGUAUGACACUCACGCCGGCCGGCCCACGAUCAGUCCUCAUUGUCAACGAGCACUUGGACACCUGUCCAGCCAAGCAUGGGCCAGCCCCAUCUUACCCCUCCUGAAACAUAUGACACACAGAACAUACCUAGUCAUAACUCUAUUGAAAACAUGGGUGCCGAUGACAGCAAGCACAAUAAUCAAAUUAUUGUGGGCUGUCGCAAGCUGAAAAGCGAGGCUCAGCGGAAACGGGAGCUCAAAGACGACGAGUACACCUGCAGUGUGCACGGAUGCGAGAAGGAGAUCAGUUUGGACAAGCGCCCCAGAUACUAUCCUGAACUUUGGACCAAACACAGAAGGAAAUGUCAAGAAAUCAAAAAGAUCGAGAGUGCAGAACAGCACUCGACAGCCGCUAGUUCAUUUGAGAUAAGUGGUCCCCGGCUGACGACAUUUUGGGAGUGGCGAACUCUAGUGAAAGCAACAGUCUCAAGACAAACGGAGCUGUCGUGUAACGAAGGUCAGGACAGGGAGAUCAGGAUAUUCCUUUCAGCAUGCUUGCAAAGGGGAGACAGGCCAUGGGCGUACUGCUACUCUACCACGAAGGAGAUCGAAGAGAGAAAAAUCGGUACCGUUUACUUUGAUACUUACCAAACGUCCAAGUCCAAAACGGCGUGA